GUGUCAUAUAACAGACACCCUGUGAGCGCCUUUAAAAUUGCGCAGUGUUGUUGAAGACUUGCUCGACUGUAUUACCUUGGCUUUGUCGCUAGAAGCCGAAGAGUCGUCACAGUUUGGUCACAUCUGAAGUCUUUCACUACCAUCAUGCAAGCAGCAAUAUUCCUCCUCGUUGCCUUGGUAACUGUGGUUCUUUCACAAGAUCGUGUGGUCGAUCCACUCGAACCAAACUGCGACAAUUGUCCUCCUGGUCCGCCUGGGCCUAAGGGUCUUAUAGGUGAGCCAGGUUUCCCUGGCUACCCAGGAGAACCUGGUGAUCCUGGCAAGGUUUUGUAUCGUGGUACUGGUUUUCAAUGUGGUGGCCAGCCCUGUCCUACCGGCAGUCCAGGAGAAAAAGGUUAUAUGGGAAUACCUGGUGAACCAGGUGAUAUCGGUCGCUCAGGUCUCCCGGGUGGUAAAGGAGAACCUGGUGAUCUUGGUGUGCCUGGAAAACCUGGUCCUCCUGGUGCUGAAGCUGGUGAUGUGAUGUAUCUGCCAUACAAACCUGGAGAUAGUGUAGGACAAGUUUGUUACAGUUUCCGCAAAGUUUGUGCUGUGCCAGGACUACGUAACGGUUGGCGUGGUUGGUAUCGUGAGGGACAAAGCGGUUAUAUGAUUUACAAAAAAUGGAUGUAUUUUGUUACCUUAUCUGAAUGUCCAUGUGAUUAUGACAAGCCUAAUUUACCACAGCCAGCGAAACCCAGCGAUUGCGUGCGUCUUGGAGAGUGCCAAUGAACUGGGAGAAUAUUAACAUACGAAAAAAACAUUUCUCCAUUAAAGAUUAGUGUCUUUAUAUUAGAAAUUUAAAACGUGUUUUGAAAUACAUGCUUUUGG